AACUGCUUGUAAGGAUUAUGCAUUACAAUAUAUGUAACAUGUAGAUUAUAGGAUACUGAUAAUACAUCUAAAUGUAAAGUCUUUAAAGCCUGUAUAAAAUUAGAGAGGACAUAUUUGGCCUUCAUUUUGAACCAUUGACCACAUCAUGAACCAUGACCACACUGAAUCCAUUCCCAUUGCACACCAGGGUGUGGAUGCUUUAUUGGCCACAAAGUGUGACAGGGUUAAAUGUCAGUAUGGGAUGGACAUACUGUACAUCCCAACCAAAUACAUCUACUGUAUUCGGCAUUGUUAAUAAAUAAAUUGUCUGGUUGCAUUAUUAUAGUCAGUUCUAAAGAUGGCUGGCUAAUGCUAGAUUAGUCAGUGAUCAGAAGAUUUUUCUGGAUCUUCAUGGUUUCCAAACCUUCUUUGGUAGGUACAAGUUUGGUUGGAUCGUUUGGUUUAUUUUGAUCAUACCGCCCAACCAUCUGCUAGAUAGAUUACACAAAUUUAAUUUAAACAUUUGGCUCUUUUUCUCACUCCAAAAAACAUAUCACACCAUUUCAGUUGAAAUGAAUGCAGCGACAUUGGUGCUAUAUAUGGUCAUUUCAAAACAAAGUGUCUUCCAUGGAUAGACUAUCUACAGAUGGAGAAGUGAAAGAAGUCACAGCUCCCUCACACUUCUGCUUAUAUCUACUAAACCCCCAUACAGAUCCUAACCCCACUAAAACAUCUCUUAAAGCAAACUUCAAAGAUUUCCCUCAUUUCCCAUGCCUUGAAACUUGCCUACUUAGCACCCUGUGCUUUGCUCUCACUUCUCUUUUCCUUUGUCUCGACUUUCAGUUUAGUUUCUUUGUCUUUUCCACAGGAAUCCGUAACUUUGCUUCAGAAGAGUGGCCAAGCUCGUUUAAAUUGGUGAGAAUUGUAGAACUUUGAGGACUAGGGUCUGGAAUAAGAUGCAGGACUGUACCUUAUCUGAGGAAAAGCAGACAGCUACUUGGCUCAAUUUUUAUGAAAACAAGUUGGAACUAGGGUGCAACCUACAGCCAGAUAAUGAAGAUGACUAUGCUGAUGUGGAUGUAAGGUCUCUGCCUCCGAUACCUGAUCGGCAUAUCCAGGAGCAUGCAACAAUAGCUACAUGCUGUGGGAAAUGGAGCAGUCGGCGGUGGCUUAUCCCGACCCUCAUUCUUCUUGUUGGUUUCAUGUUCCUGUUGUGGAUAAUCCUGAUUGCUGUGACUGCCACUUUCUAUGCUGCUAUUUCUGGUCAAAUGUUAGAGCUCAAGCAAAACAAAAUGGAGACAAAGAAGGAAUACUCUUCCCAAUUGUUAGAGCUCAAGCAAAACAUCACUGAGAUGCGGAAGGAAGCCAACUCUGAAAACAAUGCUAUUUCUUCCCAAAUAUUGGAGCUCAAGCAAAACAUUAUGGAUACAAAAAAAGAAGUAUUAUCGGAAAUGCUGAAUGCCCCAGUAAAGAUGAUGGAAGAGCGUCUCAUGGCAGAAAUCACAAAGCUUAAGGAAGACAUUAGAGGAUCUCUUAGGAAAUGCCCAGAAAGCUGGAUGUUGAUAGAGUCCAAGUGUUAUUAUAUUUCAACAACAGCUCUGACCUGGGAAGAGUCUAAAAAUGACUGCAUCAGGCGGAACUCUAACCUCCUCAUUCUGAGAGACAAAAAGGAAAUGGAUGAUUUACAGCCAUCACUGAGGGAUAAGGCGCUCUGGAUUGGGAUGAGUAAAAUUGGAUAUGUAUGGCUAUGGACAGAUUUGAGCAUUCCAAGCUUUACGCAGUGGGCUCCCAAUGAACCCAAUAAUGCUGGUUCCCAAGAAAACUGUGUAGAGAUCAAAGCAGGAGCAUGGAAUGACGUCAACUGCUCCAUCAAGAAACAUUAUAUUUGCAAUUAAAGCCUUUAACAUUCCAAGGCAUUUGGUAAUACAAAUAAAGUCCGGUCGCAGUCGUACUUGGAAAGUCGGUGGAGUCCAUUUGUACAGCUCCUCAACAGGAAAAAUAAAACUACAAAUAACUGAAGAAGCUGCAGCCAUACAUGUCUCAUGCUCUGCUUCAACUCGGCGAGGUGCUUAAAGUGAUCCACGUGAUUUUUUGAGGCUAGUGCUGCACCUGCUAAUAGUAAAUAAGACCCAAUUCUAUUUUCAUUUUGUAUUUUUCUUAUUUAACUAUAGGGCUCAUUUACAUCUGCAAGGGCAGUGAGCAAAGUGUAAUUUCAAGCACAGUCGCCAUGUUUUUUUCCCCCAAUGCAGCAUUUUCCCCAGAAUGCUAAUGUCACUGCAGUCACAAGGAGCGAUAUAACUUGCUAAAACUACACUGCGUCUACUGCAAUUCCAUCCAAUUUACCAAACACAUGUACUUAGUCGCAAAUAGUCCGAUAUUUGUGGUGCCUGCCUGGUGUCAGUGCCGAUGUUUGCUGCCAUUAUUUCUGGUGGUCGGUAUGCAAAUAACAUAUGCACCCUAUUCAUUUGGGGCGACUGAACUGUGGCGAUUGAUGAACCCUUGAGCUACCGCCUGGUAUUUUGACACAAGUACCUUUAAUACAAACGCAGUAAAAUUUGGGGUUUGCAACUGCAUUUGCGGAUGUACAGGAGCCCUUAUGUGUAACCAAUUUUUGUAUAACCAAUUCAAUUAAUGUUGACAAGGGCAAUAAAGCACAUUUAACUAAAUAAAAACAUUAUAAAACCUAA